AAAUCCUUAGGUACAUAUGUUUACUGAAUGAUUGUAAAAUACAUAGUGUAGUUAUCUUUCCUUUUUUUUAUAAAGAACUAAUUUUAAGGAAAAAGUGCACCUUAGACUUUAUGACCUGCAACUAUUCUGUUUAUCUGUUCACCGCCUAUACAAAAUGUUGAGUGUUGACUUGAUUUACUCCCACAAAGUAAUCAAAUUAGAUCAAAUCACCCCUAAUGAAAUUUGUUUUUUUUUUGUUUCUCCUCGUAAAAGUUGUCUCGGGUUCAAAUUUUGUGAUUAUUGGGACUUGGGAGCAUUUUGUAUUACUUUAACUAGUGAGGCAUGACAAUGUGUGACAGACAGCAACAACAAUUUUCAAGUUUUUUAUUAACAUACUUUACAAAGAUAAUCUAUUAACCCACAACCCGAUAUACAACCUGUACAAGAGUAACAAAAAGGAGAAAAAACUCAUUAGGGGGUGAACUGGACAAAUUGGGAUAGUUCAGGGAGUCAGCUGAGUUGAUAUUUUAAUAUAGGGCGCAUACAAAGUGAAUUGUCUAAGGUAGCAGCUUUGUUGGGGCCAUAGUGGGCUAUGCAACCCCCUUCUGUUUUUUGCUAUUCUAUAGAGGAUGCUAUAGCAUAUAGAUAUGUUUUGCUAUGAAGCUUUAAAACGGCCACCUCUAUACUCCCUAAAUCAUGUAAUGACAAAAUCACUGGUUUAGAUAUUUCAUCAGUACGAAACAAAUCGGAUGAAUAGGCUUGACCAUUUCAUGGUGCAUAACUUUGAAAAAUCAAUCGUAUCACCACAAGUCCAUACAUGAAAGACUACUACUGUACUGUUUUGUGGACACAUUCAUAGAAAAACAUAUGCAUGGUGCAAGAAGCAGGCUCAGACAUCCAUAAUUGUCUGAAAUGUCCUAGCUAGGAGGUUUGUUUUGAGUUUGUUGCUUUGGAAUUGCUACCUAUUUGGGAGAUGAACCAGCAGUCUAUUAGUCAAAUUGUAGGGCCAACUCUAUAAGAUGAAUACAGAAGAACAUUCUGAGUUAAACAAGGAAUUAGUAUCUCCAUGUAACUCAGAGCCUCUUGUAAAGGGUGAGUACGCUUCCAACCCUCGCUGUUCCUAGCCCAGCAAUCUAGCCAUAUAAGAGCAUCUGCAAGAGUCUUUCUAAACCUCACUCUCUAAAUCAUCAUUUGGAGAGUCAUUUCCGUAAUUUUUGUUUCCUAUAUCUUUUCACUCUCCAACAGCUUUUCUAUCUCGUACGCCCUCUAGAGAGCCAUUCUCGUCUUCUAUUUUUUGCUAGCGAAAAAUCCGAAAUAGAAGAUGGCUAUAUUUACAUAACUGUUUAGACAAGCUGUUGGAGGGGAAAUUUUCACCAAAAUUUCUAUUCCUAACAUUUAGGAAAGAUAUAAAGAGUCUCUUGGAGUUGCUCUAAUACUGGCUUAGGAAAUGUGAAUGGUGUACUGCUAUUGCAGUAAGUAAUUGAUUGCAUCCAUGGUCAGAGAUAUAUAUUCAUUCACAUAGAAAACCAGCCAUUUCUUACACUUAAGGCAAUCCCAAACACCCAAAGCACUGUCAUCCAAAAAGGCUGUGUACAGAGCAUUCCAAAUAUGAAACGUACAAAAGCUAAAACAGAUGAUAAGUUUUAUCACAGAAACAAAACCCAAAGGAAAGGGUAAAUAUAAGAAUGCAUUUAUUUUUACCUUAUAAUAACAACGGGAAAAGGGUAUAAGGGUCUUUUAAAUAGAUCAAUAAAUCUAAUAAUGAUAGCCUUCUUCUAUUUCUUCGCCUCUUUGAAACGGAAAAUCUUCAACACCUGCUCCUUCCCCAAUGCCUCGCCUUCCUCCCUCCGCGGCAAGAGGCAGUGGAGGCUGCAGCGCCGUGGUGCAGGCGGAGAAGGAUACCGAGAUGAAGCCGGAAGAGCGGCUUCUGCGCGACCUCUACGAACCUGAGUUGCGUGGAAAUGCCCUCGCUGAGCUCUCCAAGAAAAGGGAGAUGUUUAACAAUUUGGCUCCACUGAUGUGGCACUCUUUUGGAUCAAUUAUUAUCCUGAUCCAGGAAAUUUUGUCAGUCUACCCUGCACUUUCACCCCCAACACUAACGGCAUGUGCAUCGAGCCGAGUCUGCAAUGCAGUUGCACUUCUUCAGUCUGUUGCAUCACACCCUGAGACUAGGACUCCCUUUCUAAAAGCUUACAUUCCCAUAUACCUAUACCCACUCUUGAACACUGUCAGCAGCGCUAGAUCUUUCGAGUCCCUGCGACUCACGUGUCUAGGCGUGAUUGGUGCUCUUGUUAAGGCAGAUGAUACUGAAGCCAUAGGUUUCCUGCUGCAAAGUGAAAUCAUUCCUCUGUGCUUGCGAAUCAUGGAAACAGGCGAAGAGCUUUCAAAAACAGUGGCCACUUACAUUGUCGAAAGGAUUGUGCUGGAUGAAGCUGGGUUACAGUACAUCUGUUUCAACAUGGGACGUUUCUUUGCGCUAGCCUCUGUUUUACAAACCAUGGUGAUUUCUCUAGCUGAGCAACCCUCCGCUAGGUUGCUGAAGCACAUCAUCUGUUGCUACCACAGGCUGACUGAUCAUCCCCGGGCCCUUGAGGCACUGCGAAUUAGAUUACCUGAGGCUCUCAAGAACGGGACAUUCGUCCACUGCCUCAAGGAUGAUCCCGUUGCAAGGAACUACCUCCGACAACUGCUGAGUACUCUGGCUGCUCCACGCGUCGAAGCACCUCAACCACCAGGUCCCACAGAGGGUGGAGCACCUCACGCUGGCCCAGGCUCCUCUCAGGCUGGGCCAAGUCGCGUACGCCGUUGAUGUGAACCAAUCUGGUCGCUGCAAUUCAGAGUUCACUACAAGGAUGCAAAAAUCAUUUGGCGAAUUGCAGCUAGAGCUAGACUAGUGGAGAACCCUGGCGUGUCUGGAAGCCAUGGUCUGUCCUGAUUUCAGUAAAGCAAGAACCAGUGUUUUGUAAUAAUAAUAUGCGCUGCAAACGUUCGCAGUGCCCUGCACAAGUGACCCGUUUAUGUGUUUUGGUGUUUUGGACGACUAAGACAAAACAAAAUAAAAUAGGGACAGAACAACGAACCCUUUGGUAUGAACA